UCCCUGCUUGAAGCUCCGCUAUCUUUAGCACUGCCACGGAUUACAGUGCGCAGUGUGUGGACAGACAGCGUCCUCUGUGCCACCUGCUCAGUUUAUCGCUUUGAGUACUUUGCGCUGAAACUCGCUCACGGAAAAACAAAAGAAAAAGGAAAACAUAAAAGUGAUGGGGGAAUGACAAGGAACUCCCCGUCUUCGGUUGUCCGUCCCCCGUGAAGACCCCAAGGAUGCUGCCGCUCUCGAGCCCACGGGACGGACCUCAGUGCCGGGCCUCGCUGCUGCUGGCCGCGGUCCUGCUCUGUGUCAUCCCUGCUACUGCUAGCCUCCCAGCUGGCAGUCAGUGCCCUCCCCAUAUAGACUGUGCCAAAGAGGGACGCCACUUCUGCAAGCCUGGCUCCUCCCACUGCGGCCCCUGCCUCAAACCAUUGGAGGAAGACGAGGAAGGAAGCUGUGUGGUGGUGAAGAAGAGGCACCGCCAGCAUGGUAAAACUCCAAUCUAUCCUGACCUGGAUGACGAGAUUGAUUACCUUCACUCCUACAUCGAAAAACAAGCGGUGACAGAAAUCAAACAACCAAAAAAGCAAGUCAAACAUCCUGCUGCCGCAGACUCCCAGACAGAUGUUAAAAAAAGCAAGACAGAUUCCUCCAAACACAAACAGAAAGGCCUGCACACCGCCACUAAAGCCCCCCACGGUGCAACUACUGCUCUUCCUCACACACCGACCCCCCAGCCUAAGACCACAGCGGUUAAGGGCCGACUCGGUCCUAUAGUUGUGCCAGCACGGAAGAAUGACAGCAUUAUUGUCAUUAUGAUCUCAGUGUGUGUCGUGGUGGGUGCUGUGGCAGUGAUCAUGGCUAGCGUCUGUUAUAUCAAGCUGCAGAGAGAAUCACGUCUAGCUGAGAAGGUGGACUACCCAGCCUACGGAGGGACAAGCACGCCUGCUACCACAGCAAAUGGAACCUCAAUGGGAGAUAAAACUCUGGCCCAAAGUGCUCAGAUGUUUCACUAUCAGCACCAGAAACAGCAGAUGCUCUCAAUGGGAAACCACAAGCCUGAACAAAAAGUCACUGACACUGAGGUCACCUCAGAUGAGGAAGAAGUGGGAGGAGACUUUACAGUAUACGAGUGCCCCGGACUUGCACCGACUGGAGAAAUGGAGGUGAAGAACCCCCUGUUUGAUGACUCAACUAUCCAUUAUCAGGGGAAUCAAAAGUGAAUGCUGAACACUUAAAACACACAUAUGCAUCCAUACACACACACACACAAGCCAUUCCUCUUGAAGAAACCACUUGAUCUCACACUGCAUGCAUAGAAAUGGAGGACGCUGGCAGAGGACUAAGUGAUGAAAAAAUGAUUGUUUUCUUGCAAGCCCUUCACUAAUUCUACCCGAGUGCGGCUUUUAAUACUACAUAUUUAUGUUGGGUUCCUUGUUAAUUUAUUUUCUUUCACUGUUUUUGAGGGUUACUGUCUUUUAACAUAAGAGUCCUCCUUCUUUUGUUUUCUCCUAUAGUUGUUUUUCCUGAUUAAAUAUCACACUCUAAGUUAAGAUUUUUCUCCUCCAUCUUUGUUAUUAUCCUUCAUUUCUGCAGCUAUUUCCAAAGAAUGUUACACACAUAUAUACAACAUACAAUACACACACACACACAUACACACACACACACACACACAAGCUGAGAAACAGGUGCCGUCCCUUGUUUUGUCAUGCAUAGGUAGUUGCUAAACAACAUUCGUAACAGAUACCCAGGAAUAUUUAAAUUCAUAUCCCUGUGAUUACCUUUAAAAAAAAAAACCCUCCCUAACACAACACAAGGUUUAUCAUUGGAAAUGUUACCGUUGCUGUUGUUAAUUUUAUUUCUUGUUAUAUAAGCUGCACAGAAAGAUUUUAAGAUUAUAGAAUAUAAUAUAUAUAUGAAAUAUAUAUAUAUUAUAUAUAAUAUAUAUGAAAUUGAAGUACUUGAUGAUGUCUGCAUGGUUUGACUGUACUGUGUUUGAAUCAUGGCAAUGGUUUGAUCAGUUCUGCCUCCUAUAUGUAUGCAUCCUGUUGCUGGAGGAGGAAUGUACAGGAAAAGUGACUUCACCCUUGAUUGAAAUUUGAAAGACAGACUGACACAUACUCGCAGAUGUGAAGGUGGUCAAUUUGACUAUUGUGUAUCACCCCCCUGCCCCCAUCCAUCCUCUUGUCGGCCCCAAGUUAAUCUUGUGCUGCAAAAUGUACAUACAAAGAGUGAAAGAGUUCACUUUUUAUAGAUAUUUGUACAUGCAGACCAAGGACUGGAAAUAAAACUUUUUACC